AACGACCAAAAACCCGCGCGGCCCUCCCAGAGUGCUUCCCGGAGGAAAAGCGCUCGGGAGAGGAAAUUGCGCGCUUGCACCGGGCCGACACUCGACCCCAGUGAAAAUCAAUGCUGCGAUCUAUCUGUGACAUGGACAAAUUAAAACCAUCGACGUCGAACUCAUUAGACGGUGCAAUCCGCGCAAUCGACACACACGCGAACUUAUGCAACCUUUUUCAACAUCAGCCGCCUGCUUACAGAGUGAUGUUCAGUAAUCAUUUUACAGUGCGUGAAAGUGACCGGUGUGUUGUGUCUUGUUCAGUGAAUUAACUCCUUACCACGUUACGUUAUUUAUUUCUGUUCGGAAAACAAAAUUGACAUUGGUGCUAUUUUGAAGUGAAUGCCGGAUUGUUUUGGUUGGCAUGGCGCCAGAAUGUAUAAGAACAGCUGACUGUAAACAAACAAUUUGCGUCUUGUGGACAAUAGUUUGCAUAAUAUUUUAAAUACUUCCUGAUACCACAUUGUAUUCUUAUGAGAUAAAGUAAUAAAAUGGCGGGUAAAGACGAAUCUAGUGAUAGUGACGGUCCUAUAAUAGACGAUAACAUUAUUCGUAUACAAUUAAGAAAACCGAAUCAAAGGAAAUGGGAAUUACGAACUCGAAAUCUUUCCCCUGGGAUGAGAUUUCCAACUGUACAACUUUUUGAUUGCGACGGAAAUCUUCUCGUUGAAACAAACGAUGAGAAUGUUUCUAUUAAAAGCUCUGAUUUUGAUGAUCCUUUGUUGAGAACAUCUCAAUCAUUGAAAGAAAAAGAUUUCCGUCACAUAAUAGCUAGGAAACCUGUUAAAAAGCACAAUACAAUUUCGGGAGAUAAAGUAUACACUCGAGUAUAUCGUACACCUCUAAACAUUAACGACGACACAAAAAAUAAUAAUGAACGCUACAUAAUACGAAGCAGUAACAGUGUGUCAAACAUUCCAAGUAAACUCACAUUAAAUAACUUUACUAAUUUAGAAACAAAUAGCCUCCAGACCAGCCCCUUUCACUCGGAGGGCCUGAGUGAAAUAAGCAGUUACAAAAGUUCUGACAACGAAACUUGUAACGGAAUAAAUCAAUCGCCCGAGACACAUAAAGAAAAUCUGGAAAACCAUUCGGAGAAUUUAAUCGAAACUCCUAACAGUCCCUUUUCGUCACUUUCUUCGUUAAGUGAUAUUAAUCAGGCAAUCGAUGACAUUUCAUCCAAUAAGGAAAACGAACCUGAUCUGGUACUUCAUAAAUCUCGAUCUUUCAAUGACGCUACCCUGAGCGGGUGCGCGAAAGUAUACGAAAACGAUAAUUUGCCUCGUUCUAAAUCCGGCGUUGUGUACAAUCCCCCGCACAAUAAAAUAUCUUUCCUGAACACUUACUUAAAAAGCUUACGAGCUCGAGUGAGCUCUAAUCCGGAUUGGUUCGCUCUACAUCGCCGCCGAACAAUCGAAUAUGCUCCAAAUUCACGCGCGGCGCCUAAGCGUCAGGAAUUUUCGAAAAUUGUCUUUGAAAAGCGUCCUACCUGCAAAAUAGGAGAUAUGACGUCAGACAACGAAUUAAUUAGUAUCGGGCCGGACGAUGCGGUACAUUCUGAAAUGAGGAAACGUUUGAAAAUGUAUAGACGUGGUAUAUCAGAGAUCGGGCCUAAGCAUAGGAACACGGGUGUAUUUACGAAAACGAGAAGACAUUCAGUGAGUGGCACGUUUCAAGUCGUUCAUACUUCCUCCUCGGAGAGUGUGGAUGAAGCUGACGUAGUACUUAACCGCUUGAAGAGGAGGAUACUCAGGAAUAAGUUGAGAGAGAAAAGACGGAGCCUCGGCGCGAAGUUUCAAUUCAGUGAGAACAACUGCAGAAAGAAUAGCGUUGAGAAAGAAGAUUGGCGAGAUGCGGCCGGCGGGGCCCCCGUGAGGUCCCGCCACGCUAUGGGCUCGAACAUCAGCCAGCACUCCGCCAAAGGACUGAAAGGGCGGCGAGCUCGCUCCAGCGGCGACCUCUGCAAUGGCGACACCAAGUCUCAAACAGAAUCGUCAGUGUGCGGAUCUGUGGUGGGCGAUGUUAUGGGUUGGAACCGGUCCCUGCCAAACCACCUAGACGGCAACCGACAUUUGGCGGACUACAGCAGGGUGAACAACAAUUACGGGGAGUUCGGAACCUAUAACCGCUGCCAUCCCAAGGGCGGACGCGGUCUGCGGUACAGAGUUAGCAAGUCCGGUUCCGACGCAGAACCAGUGUGGAAGCUCCAAGAUCCUGGUUUUGACCAAGGUUACGGUUCAGAACGUUCUCCAGAAGACGAUUACGUUCCUCCGAUAGCACCAGCGAUAUCUCUGGAGGCUUACGAGGCGGAACUACGGUCUAUCUACCCAUUCAUCAAUGAUGAAAACUCCUUCACAGUAGUAGUUGAAAAAGAUGGCCGUGGUCUGGGAAUGUCAGUAUGCGGCGGUGGUGGCCUAGUGAGGAUACGAAGACUUUACCCCCCUCAACCAGCGUGGAGGACUGGCAGACUUGCUCCCAAAGACCUACUCCUAUCUGCCAACGGAGUUCCCCUUGCCGGACUUAGCACCUACGAAGCCCUCGAGGUGCUUCGGACGGCGUCGCCUCGGGUGGAGCUGCGCGUGUGUCGGCCGCCAGCAGACGUGCUCGACAGCGUCACGCCGCCGGAGCCGCCGACACCGCCGGCCCGCACCCCACACCCGCCCCACCUCCCGCCGCUAGACCCCCUCAACUGUCACCCUAUGCAUGCCAGACUGUCUCAGACGACGAGCAGUGCGACCACGUCGUCGUCGGAGGGGCGCGGGCGACGCGAGGCGAGCCCGGAGCCCGACCGACGCGACCUGCGACUGCCGGACCUCGACCGGCCACUGCCAGUUUACGACGUGCAAUACGGGGAGUUCGAUAUAGUAAUGACCAAAGUGAACGGUUCUUUGGGCUUUACGCUUCGGAAGGAGGACCAUAGCGCUUUGGGGCAUUACGUCAGAGCUCUAGUGAGGGAACCAGCACUCAGCGAUGGGAGGAUACAACCUGGCGAUAGGAUUGUUGCUGUGAACGACACAGCGAUGUCUAACAUGUCGCACGCGGAGGCGGUAGCGUUCUUACGAGCGUGUGGCUCCGAGGUGCGCCUGCGCCUGUACCGUGAUCAUGCAGCCACCCCAUUGUCACCAAUGUCACCGAGAGAAGAGCCUACGGAUUCAGACGCGCCUAUGAAUAGGCCUAAACCCCCGCUAAGGCCUGAAGCGGUAUCAAUGUUGUGCGACCUGGCCGCUCGUCGCCUGACCCCUGACGCGGCAGACGGGUCUCGAUCACCCUGUCUCUCACCCCGCAAGUACCGCAAGCUGACCAAGGAUAACAACCACUACGAACAGCCCAAUGAUGUUCCAAGUUCCAACAAAGUAGAACACGGUUCGGAACAUAGAGAAGUGGUUCAGGACUCGAGGCGGCCGGUGCGGACUGUGUCCCUCGCCAGCCCCACGGCACCACCCACUUGUAGAAAACAAAAGUUGAGCCUGACAGUGCCUCCUCAUGGAUACGAGUUAAACAAUUUGGACAACGACACUCUGGAUGCUCCGAACGUGUACCAGGAAGACAUGUCACGUCAGAGGUACCCGGAGCCGGUGUUCCCGGUGGACUCUGACGAGCCAGUGUCAAUGCCAGUGGAGCUGCUGAGUGACGAAGCGCGGUUCAAACAUGCAAACCCUGCAUACCAAAGCGCUGUACUCCACACAACCACCAGUGACGGACAUACUACUAGUUCAGAGGGUCACAAAGAUGAUGGUAACGGUUUGAAGAAAUGGAAAGGUGUGGCGUUGUCUCCUGACAACGAGCGUAAGGUGAAGACGGAUCCUCCCCUCCAACCCAAACCCAAGGAAACCGAUCCCGUCCAAAAAGAAAACGUCAAACCUGAACCGCCUAUAGAUGACACGUGUAAUGAACCUACGAUCGUAACAGUAGAACUGAAUCGUGGUUGGAACAGUCGGCUGGGUUUUAGUGUUCAGAGUCAUCCGGAGUCGGGGCAAAGCUACAUCUCAGCAGUCUACAAUGACAGCGUGGCCGCUCGCGAUGGCCGACUGAGGCGUGGUGAUGUGAUAUUGCAGGUGAACGAUGAGAACGUGACAUCAAUGAAGACACCAGAAGUGAUCGACCUGCUGCGAAUAUUAAGAGGCUCUAUUUGUAUCACUGUUCUACGGCCACCGAACCCACAGUGAACAAAUACUACAUAAUAAUUAUAUGGAUGAAGCUCACCCCUAGGCCUCGAAGGAACAGGUCUAGCUGGAGAAGUGCAAGUCGCCCCGUCGGCGAUGCCGAGCUACGGGUGAAAUAUUUAGAAAAACUAAAUCAAGAAAUAUGAAUCUCUAUCCAACAUAAUUCGUCGAUGUACCUUCAUGACAUUUAACAUUCUAUCAAAAUAAAUAAAUUAAACAAAUAAUAAUAUACAACACAUUCGACAUUCGAGAGAAUCUUCACAAUGUUUAUUGGUUUCUUCUUUGAUUUGCAAAGUCGAAUAUUUAAUAUAUUGUGUAUAUCUAUUAUAAACAUUUAAUAUAGAUAGAAGAUUCGGUUAUAUUAUCGUGUAUUUUUUAUAAUAUAUUAUAGAGAUUUUGAAUCAUAGCUUCGUUAUUGAAUCUUACAUGUAUUGUAUAAUGUAUAUAAGCCAUACAUUCUAAUACAUGCUGUUUUGUUAAAGUUCCUAAUAGUGGAUCGUGCUAAACUUCUGCCGUCGUACAUUAUAAAUUUCAUAUACUUGAUAAGUUACCUUAUAAAAUAAUUUAUUUUCGGAAAGAUCUCUGUAGCUAUUUCAUAGACAAUUGAUUAGAAAUAUAUGAAACUAUAUUGAAAUCAUUAUAUUUAUUUAUCUAUCUUACCCGACCAAUAUAGAUACUCAAAGUUAGUGUAAUGAAAUAUAAAAGUAUUCUAUUUUAUUUGAACACAUUGAAAAGGCAAUAAACAGCGUUUAUUUAGACUAAUAUACCUAAUAUAUGAAUAUUAAAAUUAUGGAACUUUAAAAUUAUUAUAUUCUUAUUAGAAAUUGACUUACAAAGUAGAGUUUUUAAAUAUAAGAAACUAAGGCGUCUGGCGGCCUACAAACGUGCAAAGUCCCUUGCCUAAUAAAAAGUAGACUAUGUUAUAGUAGAAAAUAAUAAAAUGUCAUGAAGUAUAGCAUUCCAAGAGGUUAGCCUUUGUAAAUAAUGUAAAGUUAAAAGACAGUUUUCGUAGUCGUUUUGAUGUUACGUUACGGACAAUUGUCAAAUGUAUUGAAUUGCAAAAUGUCGCAUAGGUACGUUUUUAGUAUUUUUAUGGUUCGAUAAUAUUUUGCUCAAAUAUUAUAUUAACUGUAGUCGAGUCGAACCUUAGUACGAAUUAGUUUUACGUUUAAAGUAAUCGUAACGAGUACGCGUUCGGCGCUCUGAUUGGUUGGUUCAUUGGCGCCGGCCAAUCAGAGUGCCGAACGCGUACUCGUUGCGAAUACUUUAAACUUAAAUGAAACUCGUACUAAGGGUUCAGACCGCGGUGGAAGCUUUGACAAUUGCGUGUAACGUAUUGUAACCACGUUUUAUUAACAUAUUCGUAGCGCACGAGAUAUUAUCGCGUAGGUUUCAUGGACGCGCAGAUGACGUGUUCCAUGCGAUCUAUACACAUCUCUGGGCAAUAAUAAUAAAAGUACACUAGUUUGUCAAAAUACGCUAGAAUGACAAACAUUACUAAAACAAUUGAGUUAGAUUGCUAAUAAAAUUUAAAAUUACUGCAUUAUACGCUAUACUUCCUAUAGGCACUGAUUAUAAAUUCUAGUCAAAUCUAAAUUUUAAUUGAAAUUAUUACACAGUUAGCCUUUGAGAAAUAUUAUAUUGAAGUAAAAACAGUAGUUAAAUUAUAUUCUUACAUAAAUAAAUAAAUAAAAUAUUAUACAAUAUUCACACUUUUGAUUUGUCAUAAGGUGUCUAUUUGUUAUGAACUUGAAAGAUUUUAUCAACAAAUCUAUUUUAAUAUUAACGAUGCUAGCCUUAAGUUGAUAGAAUAAUUGUUUAGAGAAGUACCUAUAAAGAGGAUCAUUACCCAUAAUACAAGCUGAACGAAACAAUCAACUGAUAUUCUAAAGUAAUUGUGAUGGAAUUGUGUUAGUUUAACAGUAUAUCGUACGUACUAGACUAAAUUAUGUGAAACUACUGUAGGAGCAGAUUGGCCCAGCGCAUAUAGUGGGCGCAGGCCCACUUCAUAUAGUGCAUAUUAAUGUAAUCACUCAGCAAUAAUAUUUAGGAUAAAGACGCACCUGAAUCUUCCCAUCCGUACUAUUUUAUGGUAAUAAGUGCAACUUGUACAAAUUAAAGCGAUUUUAUUGUAAGAAGUGUAAGCCCUGGAAAUGUUUUAACAUUAGAAAGGCCGCCGUCCCAAUUUUGUUCCAUUUGCAAAUUUGAUAAUUCAUAUCUUUUUUAUUUUUAAAGUUAGGUCCGUGAAAUUUGUUGAAUUUCAUUUCUUGUAUUUUAAUAAUUAUUAUUAUUUUCAGUUGGAAAAGAAUAAUGUUUAAGAAAUAUUUUUUUUUAUUCUCGGCCUUUCUAGUGUUAAACUUCAUACCUUCAUAAAACACUAGAUGGCGCAAUUGUGUUAUUAAAUAAUUCGAUGACUAUCAGAAACCAAUGGAAACAAAGGAGUGUGUCACUACAGUAACAAAAGUCGUGUAUUCAAAGAAAACAUACACCGCGUCACGAACAUCGUGACACUAAUGUGGUGUCACCGAAAACGUGUCAAGAUUCGUAAUUUAAACGUGUUGAAUAUAUUGAAAAUACAUAACAAAAUAAAAACAGGGUUGAUGGUUUCUUUAAGUGACUGUCGACAGUCAAAAUGUUAUACAAAAGUCGAUUUUUAUAUUCAGCCACACAAAAUUCAGAAAUUAAAAAUAUUUUUUUGACAUUAAGUAUUUAAUUGAUUAAUAGUCAUUUUCUAUAACCUAUC